AUGGUUGAACUUAGUUUUAAAGAGCGAAAGAAGGGUACAAUCCUUAAUGAAUUUGAUUAUAUGGAGAAUUUUGACGAACUUGUAAAUAGUGUUAAUGAUAAAAUUAAAGAAUUAAAAAAAACAAAUGAUUUAUCCGAAUUUGUUUAUAAGUGUAAAGAGCUAGGUAAAUAUCUAGAUAAUCAUAGAAAAGAGUGUGUAAAAUGUUAUGAAGGUGAAUUUGUUCAAAGUCACUUAAAUUUUGAUAGCGUCAUUCAUCCAUUAUUAUCAGAAUUUACUAACUAUGGUGGAUGUCCUAGACACUGGAGAAAUGAAGACGAUGAACGUAUUAACUUGAUACGUGAAUUAAAUAAAUUUUGCGAACAAAAGGAAGAACACUUUAAAUCAAAACAAUCUAUAAUUGAGAAGUAUUUUUCAGGAUUCAGUCCCCAAAUAAAACUUUUGUAUGAUUGUAAUACAGCUGAUUCUGCAUUAUUUGAGGAUAUUACUAAUUACUGUAAUAAAUGCGUUCAAAUAGUAUCUGCUUCAAUUGAUGUGUCAAACGUACAAUAUUUCGUUACCGAAGGAAUUCAUACUCUUCCAGAUGAUAACUCACAAUAUGUUAUUAAUGAUAAAUCAGAUUUAAAUUAUACCUCCAAAAAAUAUGGUUUAGGCAAUAUCCUUUAUUAUGGAGAUAUUUUUUAUUAUGAUGAGCAUGAUGAUAUUCAUACCGUUACACUAAAGGACUCAUCGUGUACAGAUAAUACGUAUAAUAUUGUACAAGUACCUACACCUAAGGUUAAUCAGACUGUUCAUGAUACAGAAGUACCACAGAAACGUGAAAUAUCUGAGGUGUCUGCAGCAUCUAAAAUAUCAGAGCAAUUUGUUUCAUCUCCUAUUAAUAAUAUUCCAGAAUCUGAAGAACCUUCUACAUUAAAUCAUUAUAAGGAAAAUCAGUUGCCUCCUAAUUUGGAACCGCUAGGGACCAGUAUGUCCUGA